AAAAAAUAAAUAAAAAAGUAGUGAAAAUAUAAUUCGAAUAAAAAUAUAAAAAUAUGAUACAAAACAAUCAAUAACAAAUAUCAAAUCAUGUAAAUAAUAACUAAAAUGGAUAAAUAAAGAUAAUUGGAAAUUAUUCUUACAAUUUAAGACAUUGUUUAGGUGAAGGAGCCUAUGGAAAAGUGUUUGAAGGCAUUGAGAAGAAUACAUAAUAAACAGUAGCAAUAAAAAAGCUAGACAUCCGUUAAUUUUAAAACGACAAUUAUUUACGUAAUUCAAUAAUAAGUGAAAUAGAAAUUCUAAAAAGAUUCAACCAUAAAAACAUAGUCAAAUUUAUAGAUUUAAUAACUACAUAACGAUCUUUAUAUAUAAUAACUGAGUUUUGUAAAGAUCGAGAUUUAAGGCAUUUGUUACAAACAAAAAAAUUAAAUGAAGAGUAAUCUAUUAAAAUAUUAAAAGACAUAGUUGAUGGUUUUCGAGAAUUAGUAAAACAUAAUGUAAUACAUAGAGAUUUAAAACCUGCAAAUAUCCUAAUACAUGAAAAUAUUCUAAAAAUAGCUGACUUCGGAUUUGCGAAAUAUGUAGACUAUUCAUCAGCUUAAAUGUUAAAAAGUUGUGUUGGAUCCCCCUUAUAUAUGGCUCCUUAAAUCUUAGCUAGAAAAUAAUACGGUUUAAAGAGCGAUAUAUGGUCAGUGGGUGUAAUUUUUCACGAAAUGGUAUAUAAUGAUGUCCCUUGGAAAGCUAGAGACGAAAAACAAUUACUAAACAAUAUAAUGAAAUUUCCUUUUAAAUUAAGACCAAAUAUUAAACUGUCUUCUUUUACUGAAGAAUUAUUAAAAAAAAUGCUUGUAAUAGAAGAAAAAGACCGAAUUUCAUGGGAAGAAUUGUUUAAACUAUUCGAUUAAUAUGAUAAUAAUAAACAGAACCCAUAAAUAAAUUUAUAAAGUAUAGAAAACAUACUUUAAAAUAAAUAAAAUUUAUAAUAAUAAUAAAAAUAAAACAGUAGUAACCCUUUAUAAAUAAAAUAAUUCGAAAUUCUACAAACUUUUAACACUUUUAACAAUACUAGGCAAUAAAUUUGCUUCAGACAUUAUGUAACAAUAGAUUUAUUCUAUAAAAUAAAAUAAAAUACCAGUAUUAUUAAUAAUAAUAAUCUUUAGUAUGAAAAAUUACUCCUUUUUUUAUCUUUUAUAGUUAGAAUGGAACAAUAAAUACUUUUUAAUGACAUAAAUGAUUUUUAAAAUUGUAAUAAGGACAUUUUUGUAUAGUCAAAGUAGCUUUAGGCUUUAUUUUUUACAAUAAAAAAAGAACUUGAGUUCAUUAAAUAAUUCCUAGAAGAACUUUUUAAUUAUGCAUAAAAUAAUAAUAUAUUGAAAUAGUUAAAAUCGGAUAAAGACUCAGGCUUUAUUUUUAAUAUUAUUUAAAAUAAUUAGGAUUUAUGUGAUUCGGAUAAAUAAAAAGCAGAAGAUUUAAUUAGUUCUUUUGGAAAUAAUGUAGCCAAAGAUAUUGUUAAUGAAAUUAAAAAAUUUAUAAAUUCUAAAUCUAAUAAUGAACUUGAAAUUUAUAGGGGAAACCUAGUCUCUGCUGAUUAUAUUUUCGAUGUCAUAUAAAGUAAAAAAAAAUACUUAAAGGACAUGAAAUAUAUUUUGAACAGUUACAUGUUGAAAAAUCUGAACAUUUUGAUUUUAAAGUCUAUUUUGAUAAAAUUAAUAAUAGAUUAGGUAUUUUUUAAUCGCCUUUUAGUUUUUUUGAAUAAAAUCUUAUUUAUUUUUUGUUAUUUUUAUUAAAAAUAGAAUUAUAUUUUAUUUUUUCAUAUAUAUUCUUAUAAUAUUGUUAUAAAUGAAUUAAUAUCAAGUUUUUAUAAAAUUUUUGUAAUAUCUUUUUUUUAUUAUUAUUAUUAUUAUUAUUAUUAUUAUUAUUAUUAUUUAUUAUUUAAUUAAUAUUUUUAAUUUAAAACCAAUUUUAUUUUAUUUUAUUAUCCUUUUUUUAAAAAAUAUUUAUAUUUAUAUAAUAAAUAUUUAUAAAUAACUUUUCUUAAACUCUUAAUAUUUUUUUAUAAAAUCUAUUUAUUUUACUUUUAAUUUGAAUUAAUUUUAUGUUUAUUAAUUAAUUUUCUUUAUAUUUUUUUAAUAUAUAUACAUUUUUUAUUUACCAAAGUUUUAUUUAUAUCUGCUCCUUUUUCUAAUAUAUAUAAAGCCAUAUUAAAAUCUUCUCUUUCUAAUAUACUAAAAAGAGGAUUUUAAUAUUAAACCUUAUUAAUAUUUUUUAAAUAUUUAAAAAUAUAAUUAAAUAUAUUACCUAUGUAUAUGUUGUCAUAUUAAUAUCUGCCUUAUAAUCUAGUAAAAGAUCUACCAUUUGAUAUUAUCCCCAUUAAACAGCUAAAAAUAAUGGAAAUCUUUUCAUUUUAUCUUAUAUUUUAACAUUUGCUUUGUUUUCUAAUAAAUAUUUUGCAACGUUUAAACCAAAUUCUUUAUUUUUAUUAGAACAGGAAAUAGCUUUAAAUAAUAAACUUUAUCCUAACUAUAUAUAUAUAUAUAAUAUCUGUUUAAUUUUUUAUUCAAUAAUUUUUAUAAAAAAUAUAAAACCCUGUCUUAUAAAUUGGGAUUUAUUUUAUUUGUUUCAAAAUGAAUUUUGAAUUUUUAAAAAUUUUAUUAGUCUAAAAGUAAGAAUGCAUUUCUUUAUUAAGGAGUCUUGUUAAAAUUUAUAUAGAAAAUAAAAAAAAAAUAUUUUAAUAUUUUUACUAAUGA